UGUUUAAGCGGCAGUCAGAACUCUAGCUUGGACGGACUUUCCUACUAGGAAACUGUUACCACUUUUUUAUACAUAAAAGCCCUAAACCUCACCACGACCCUUUUCACUGCCGCCCCUUUCUUUCUCUUCAAGGUGAUUUGAGCUUUUUGCGUUUCUUGUUCGGUUUAGCAAUUUACAAAGAUGCAGAACGAAGAAGGUCAAAAUAUGGAUCUUUACAUUCCCCGAAAAUGCUCGGCCACUAACAGGCUCAUCACCUCAGAGGAUCACGCAUCCGUGCAGAUCAAUGUCGGUCAUUUGGAUGAGCUUGGCCGAUACACUGGCACAUUCUCCACCUUUGCUCUUUGCGGCUUUGUCCGUGCUCAGGGCGAUGCCGAUAGCGCUCUUGACAGGCUUUGGCAGAAGAAGAAAGCCGAAGUCAAACAGCAGUAGUCGGAUACCUUUUUAUUACCGGUCUCUGAACUCGGGAGGGAAAAUUCUUGGUUAUGACUGUUAAAUUCAAGUUUGUUUAGGUGGAUAAAGUUGAAAGUUGUUUUUGUCGAAUUGUUGAUGUUUAGUCUUUUGCAUUCGAUAUAUAGACACACACAUACAUACCAAUGUCAUACUCAUACUCAUACUUAGUUUUUGAUACUGACAUCUAAAUCUAUGGUGAUAUUUUUAUGCUUUAGAAUAA